AUGAGAGUAGUUUUGGUUUUGAUCUUCUUUUAUUCUGUGAUCAGUUCUAUAUCACCUACAUAUGGGUUUGAUCCUUUGGAUCCUCAUGCCAAUAUUACUAUUAAAUGGGAUCUUAUGCAAUCCACUCCUGAUGCCAGUGAUGUAAGAGUAUCUCUAUUCAACUACCAAUUGUAUCGCCAUAUCGAUCAACCUGGCUGGAGAAUGAGCUGGGAUUGGACCGGCGAUGAGGUGAUAUGGAAUAUGUGGGGAGCCGAGACGACGGAGCAAGGCAACUGCACAAAAUUCAGCGGCACACAGCUGCCUUAUUGCUGUGAAAAGAGCCCUGUGAUUAUUGAUCUUAUGCCUGGAGCCCCUUACAAUUUGCAGACUGCCAAUUGUUGCAAAGGAGGUGUGUUGUCUUCAAUGACACAGGACAUUUCCAAGUUUGGUGCAAAUUUUCAGAUGAAUGUUGCAGCUUCUACUAACUCUUCAGACUUUGUAAUGCCUCAUAAUUUCACUCUUGGACUUCCUGGUUAUUCCUGUGGAGAGCCAUUUGAGGUCGCGCCGAGCAAGUUUUUUGUAGAUGGAAGUCGAAGGCGAACGCAAGCUCUUAGGACAUGGAAUGUGACUUGUGCCUACUCUCAAUUCCUAGCAUCAUCGAAUCCAACAUGCUGUGUUUCUCUAUCUGCAUUUUAUAGUAACACCAUUGUUCCUUGCCCCAAAUGCAGCUGCAACUGCCAAGAAUUAUCCCACACAAAAUGUGUGAAGCCCGGUGAAACACCUUCUCUGCUGCGACAAAAACAUGAUCCGAAUGAAGCGCCGCCGCCUGUAGUAAUUUGCUCGGAGCACAUGUGUCCAAUUCGCGUCCAUUGGCAUGUGAAACAGAGUUACAAAGAGUAUUGGAGAGUUAAAAUGACAGUGACAAAUCUGAAUGUCAUGAAAAAUUAUUCUAACUGGAACUUGGUGGUGUUGCACCCAAAUUUGGAGAGUUUAGCACAGGCUUUCAGCUUCAAUUACAGGGCCCUUGAUCACUAUCAUGUUUCUUCAGAUGAUACGGGGAUGCUUUGGGGGAUUCGAGACUACAACGAUGUGUUACUUCAAGCGGGUGAUAAAGGGAAUGUACAAACAGAAAUGAUACUACACAAAGAUCCAGGGACAUUCACUUUCCGAGAAGGAUGGGCAUUUCCUAGAAGAAUUUUGUUCAAUGGAGAUGAAUGUGUGAUGCCUUUGCCAGAUGAUUACCCUAGGCUGCCCAACGGUGGGCAUUCUGCAUUGGCAAGUUCUUUCACAUAUCUUUUGUCAUUGUUGGUUCUUACAACUAUUNAAGAGUCACGUUACGGGUGA